AUGUUAAACGCAAGUCAUAAAUGGCCGAUUAUAAUUUCUUCAGUUCACUCGGUGACGAGUCUUUCCAGGAUCGCCUUCGCAAUGCGCCAGACGACGACGACGACGAACCGAGAGAUGUCCCUAUAGCAGAUGCGCUUCCCCUACUUCCAGAAGACGAUGCGACCCCUCUGCAGCAGCUCAUUCGACAUUGGAUGAACGAGCGUCACGCACCCGACAUAUUGCCUGCUCAAGAAGAGUUGCUUUCGCGAUUAUUGGACCAUAUCAGGAGUCAGUCUGAUACGGUGCUUACCCUGCGCGCUGACCCGUCGUCCUCGGAAGAAGAGCAUUUUCGAAUCAUGCUCGCACAGACUGAAGUUGAGCGCGUCAAAUUCAUCGUCAGAUCAUACCUCCGAACAAGACUUUACAAGAUCGAGAAAUAUGCUCGUUACAUCCUGACUAAUCCUGGAGUAUCAAGUCGAAUAUCUGAAAGCGAAACAGCUCAUGCUCGAAGAUUCGCUAGACUGACCGACCAGCACUUUUUCUCCUCCGUUCUGCAAAGUCUUCCAGAUACUCAGCAGACUUUGGACGAUAAUCCACCCUUUGUUCCUCCUAUUGUCACUGAACCUGAUAAAUCUCGUCCCGUUUUUGUGCAUGCAAUACAAAACUGUCCUCCCGUACGAUUGCCAGACGGAACAGCGCUCGAAAUGACCAAAGGUCACAUCUCGCUAACACCUUUCUCAAUAGUCGAACAGCUAAUCGCUAGAGGAGAAGCAGAAUUGGUGUAAACUACACAUCGAUUGGCCUGUAAUCCGUACAACAUUCAACUGCAGUAUCGUACACUAGUGAAACCAAUAAGUUAAACGAUCCCGAGUUGGGCGGAUCAGAGGGGGAUAAAUAACCCAAGUCCAUCGAAUGUACUUUACAAUAUCUACAACAUCUAGUCGCUGACGGUCCUUUCUGAGAUACUUCAUCUUCAAGUGGUCACCGUGGUACGUAUGGCGCGUCGUCGUCCACCUCUCGCCAUCUAUCAUCUCCGUGUCGAUAGUCUGAACCCCCUGCAUACCCAUCACCCUCCUCGUCUUCAUCCAUACCGCCAUCUCCUUCUUGGUCCGACCCUGCCCCUGGCUCUGCAGCAGCCUCUGCUUCCACUUCAGCUUUCUUUCUACGACGCUUCUUAGUAGUACCUUCUCCAGCAGGCGCUGCUGGAGCUCCAUUCUUCUUCCCCUUUCCCCUCUUUCUUUUUGCAUUCUCCAAGCUCUCUGCUUCUAAAUCGAUAGUUCCACC